ACAAGGUACCACAAGAGGCGCACAACACUGCUCGACAUCUACAAGACGCAUGGCUUCAAUGGUCUGUUCUUAUGUGCUUUUGGAUUAGCUCCAACCACAUUCGCCAAGUCAGAUGGCCCAUCGUUUGUCGCUGGAUUCAACACUUGGUGGGCAUACAAUCAGGGCCUUUUUGCCGUCGGCUGAUCACACCGCUGAUGAGGGCUGCGAAUCAACGCACAGCUCAAAUCAGCCAUCGACCCAUGCGCCAACCCAUCGAUCAGCCGAUGACAGUACCCAUACUGCAGUUGUUGAGUCGAAUCACGAACAAAUUCACAACGUCGGUGUUACGGUCCCGGCAUCGCAAUACAUUACCGCUGCAGGGUCUGAUAGCCGUGCCGCAAGCAAGCUCGCUGACAUCCGUGAUGAAGCUGCGAUUAGCGGUCGCAAGCGAAGUCACGGCCAAGCCUUCCAAAACGCAGACCACGAUCACGAUAUUGCUAAGGAGAUCGACCACGAUUUUUUGUACCCACCCGUAGAAGGGCCCAUGGGUGGACUCGUCUAUAAAUUGGAGCCCAUGGACGGCAUAAAAAUCAUUGCGAACGGCGACAUAGACAUUUUUUUGACCAUGCCAUUUAUCUACGUAGCUUUCCGCACGAUUCCAAUUUUGCACUUUCCAAAACAGGUGUAUUUAAGAUCCUUUCCUGGUAGUAGAAUCACAGCGCGUCUCGUAUUUUGAGCAGAAUCCUUUGCCACAAACAUCUCCACUUCUUGGUUCUGCGCAUUAAAGGUACGCAGUUGCCCAUUUGAGGAAACUACAUCCAAUACGAUGGCAACGACAUCUUCUCCUGUUGCGUCGAUGUCUUGGUUUUGAAGUUCGCACCAUUCGGGCGGCUGGCAGGGGCUCCCGACCUGAUUGAAACUGAUAAGCAGCAAGGAGAAUUGGUCUUCUUCGGUACUUACCUCUUUCUCGCAUAAUGUGACGAUAUUCUCAAGUGAGGUGUUGACAUGGAGGGAGAUUUCGCGUCUCAUGGUACACUAGACCCAACUCGAAAUUUGCGGAAUGGAUGACAGGGGUGCGAUGUGA